GCAGAUUUUUUGAAAGGAUUACCGGUCUACAACAAAAGCAACUUCAGCAGAUUCCAUGCGGAUUCUGUAUGUAAAGCAUCAAAUAGAAGACCAUCAGUGUAUCUUCCCACGAGAGAAUAUCCAUCUGAACAAAUCAUAGUAACAGAAAAGACAAAUAUACUUUUGCGUUAUUUACAUCAGCAGUGGGACAAAAAGAAUGCAGCAAAGAAGAGAGAUCAAGAGCAAGUGGAAAUAGAAGGUGAGAAUUCGGCACCACCACGGAAAAUCGCUCGGACAGACAGCCAGGAUAUGAACGAGGACACUUAAACUCUUGGCUUUCUCCUCUACUACUUUGCAGGCGCUUCCUGUUUUGUCUCAAAGUGUGUAAAUUUUGCCCCUUGCCCCCAUCUCUCACCCCUCCACUAUGCAGCCCAAACCACUUCUGACUUCAUAGGAGCCAAUGUAUUUAUUUUUUUUUCCUCUCAAUUUUUUAUUUAUGCCGUAAAACUUACGGAGCAGUGGUGGAACAAUUCAGUAAAUGAUGUAGUAUAACCUUAGUUCCUCCUUUCUAAAAAUAUACACUGUCACUUUCACAGGUUUUGUUGAAUCUGUUACCUAAUCAACCAGGUCUAGCUAUGGGAGCCUGGUAGGAGACGUGGGUUAUUACGACCCCUUCAGUGGUAUAGGCUUUCCGAUUCAUGUACCCGUUGACAUAUUACAAGUGGUUAACUCUUCUUUGGAUGUGCCCAGUCCAGCCAUAAGUGUGGGGCCUCACUAUUUUUCACGAAUAUUCUGAAACUGGCACUGCACUAAAAAAAUCAUGGGUGUCAUUUAGGGUUAUGUUGCUCUUAGCAAACGUGUCGUCAACUUGAUAUAUCAGUUGUAUUCUUUUGGUCUGUUCUGUAAGGGCCACGGCCAUUUGGCAGCGUACAUUAUCUCAUGCAUCAGUGGUCAUGGAGAAUUCAAGUGAAAGGUGUGUUGCUUUUGUUGCUCUUAAAUUCUAACCGCCUCUUGGUCUUGAACGGACUGAUAUGUGCAACUUCUCCGCUGGAAUAAAAGGAUACUU